UAAUCACCGAGUUCACCACCGACUCACUCAACAACUCAUUUCCCCAUUUUUUUUCUCUCUCCUUCUUUUCCAUCUCAUACACUGUUACAGUUGCAAACAACUGCAGCUUUUUAGCAGCGAUUUUCUUCUCUUGCGAUUUCAAUGGCGGAAGAGAAAGAGUCAACGUCUGUUCCUUUGAGUCAAGUUGAUCCUGAAGAUCCUGCUAAAGCUCCUCUUAAUGCUUCCAAUCCUUCUCCUCGCGAGGCUUGCUGUUAUGUCCUUCAGAGUUGGGUAUCUAAAAAGUUUAUGACUGGAUGUGUAGUACUUUUCCCUGUUGCUGUCACCUUCUUCAUUACUUGGUGGUUUAUUCAGUUUGUUGAUGGUUUCUUCAGUCCUCUAUACGAGAGCCUUGGGAUUGACAUAUUUGGACUAGGUUUUAUCACUUCAUUAGUGUUUGUAUUUUUUGUUGGGGUUUUUGUGUCCUCAUGGAUGGGUGCAACAGUUUUCUGGCUUGGGGAAUGGCUGAUUAAAAGGAUGCCUUUUGUCAGGCAUAUAUAUUCUGCUUCUAAACAAAUUAGCUCAGCUGUUUCUCCAGAUCAGAAUACCACUGCUUUCAAAGAGGUAGCAAUUAUUCGUCACCCUCGUGUUGGUGAAUAUGCAUUUGGCUUUAUCACAUCUACAGUCACUCUGCAGAGGGAUGAUGGUGAUGAAGAGCUGUGUAGUGUAUAUGUUCCAACCAACCAUCUUUAUAUUGGAGACAUCUUUUUGGUCGAUUCCAAGGAUGUCAUCCGACCAAAUCUCUCCAUUCGUGAAGGCAUUGAGAUAAUUGUUUCUGGGGGCAUGACGAUGCCACAACUCAUAACACCUGUGGAAAGAAUAGUUCGUCAAAGUGACAGAAUCCCGUUGAAUCGAAUGUCUUCAGCAUAACAUCAGGUAACAAGAAUGUUUAUUUUACAACUCAUGCAGCUCAAACAUAGAGCUGGUUUGCAGAUAAUAUUAGAAGAUAUAAUGUUACGUGACUGCGAACCCAUGAGUAAAUUCAUUGUGGACAUUUCGAGAUUCUUUGCGGGUUUUCUAUCCUUGUGUGGUGUGUAUACUGUUUGUAUUAACCUCUGUAACCGUAGUGUAUAGAAAAUAUGUAAUAGCUAGUGAUUUUGUUCAAGCACCCCUCCUUUUCCUUAUCCUCCAACAUUAUAUUCUUAUAACAGUGAGUUAUAAUUUAUUGCACGCUAUCUUUUAUGCUAAAACUGUGAAUAAUUUGAAUGGCUUUUAGUACCUCGAUAGAAUAUCUUUUGAAGUUUUUCCCUC